AUGUCCCGACGUCCACGUGCUGUCAAGUUUUCCCUUGCUGUCCGCAAAAACAUUUGGGACGGUUGGGAAAACAAAAAGGGGGAGCUUGAACAGAGGCUCUCUGAUAUACUCGGUCAGCCUUGGACUAUAAGUGCCGAUCCUUGGGCUCUCUAUCCUUAUGCCGAAGAAUACUCUUGGGCUCAACAGUCUCUCGGCGAUGCUAUAUUCAGUCUUGUCUCAAGAGAUCUCUCAAAUCCUACAUUCUAUCUACUAACUCUCAUUACCCUCCUAAGAUAUGUCGAGAGUGCUUCGGAUCAAAUCUGGCUUUUUCUUACGCAGCACGGAGAUGAAGUUCAGGCCGAAAUCAACGAGAUCUGCUCUGCCCACGUACUAACUCUUGACUAUGACGAUACCAAUACUGUCGACUACUGCGGUGUCAGAGUCUCACCUGAGGGUAAACUUAUGAUAGUCUUCAACGAACACCGUUUCGGAACCAACGCGAGCGUUGCUGCUGAGAGCAACAAUCUCACCAAGGCUCUGAAUGAUGCCCCUUCACCAAAGCCCAUGAGCUUCAUCGUCAGGUCGUCUAUCAGGAGAGACUACGACCCUCGUAUCAAAGAAAUCCAAGAAAAGCUGAACAAGAUUGUCAAGCAGGAACUUUCCCUUAUUCCAAAUUUCGAAGCAAAUUUCGUAAAGCUGAAGGGUAACGCUGGUGACAACCUUGAUUGGCAGUCUAAUUUUGGAAACAUUCAAUUAUCUUACUUUGAUGCCUUGGUCUCGCAGCUUGAGCAUUAUAAGUUCGGUGAGGAUGCCAUGCUUCAAGAGGGUCUUCUUGAAAUAAGGCCCAAGAAUGCGGUUCACAUCCGUGUUGUGGAUCAGAUCAAGAGAACUUAUAGCGAGGUUAUUGCUGAGGAUGGUAUUCUUUACCUUCAGACUACUCCGAAUCAUUUUGGUGUCAACACAUCUGAGGUGGCAACCGAUAUUGUCAAUAUUUUGUAG